CAGCUAAAUGGGCAGCACCGACCACGUAUUUGAUUGGAUUAUUUGAUAGUCAACGCCAAAUCACGACACUGCAGCCGCGACUCCGGAGAAUGCCAACUGUUUAGGAUCGUGCAUCAAGUCCGACCCAAUCAAAUUGCAAGUCACACGCUCCUCAAAACCGCCAUCUGCCCGCCAUGAAUCUGCCGGAACGCAGCCGCUUUGUGAUCUACGCCGUCGGCAUCUUCGUAUGCUACUUCUUGUACGGAAUUGUCCAGGAGAAGUUGACUCGGGGCCGCUACGGCGAGGAGGUCCAGUCAGACGGAUCCGUGGGAGAACGCUUUACGUAUGCCUUGGCCCUUGUUUGGGUACAGUGCCUCUGCAACUAUGUGUUUGCCAAGGUGCUCCUAACGAUUAGGCCGCAAAAGGAGGACACUACCAAUGCGGGAUCCUACGUGGCCUGCUCGCUGACGUAUCUGCUUGCCAUGGUUUCCACCAAUAUGGCCAUGCGCUGGGUUCCCUAUCCUACUGCUGUCGUGGGUAAAUCCGCCAAACCCAUCCCCGUUAUGAUCCUGGGCGUGCUGAUUGGUCGCAAAUCCUACAGCUGGACGCGCUAUGCCUGCGUUCUUACCAUUGUCCUGGGCGUUAUCCUGUUUAUGUACAAGGAGGGCAAGGUGUCCAAUUUGCCGGCAGAGACCACCGUACUCGGCGAGGUUCUGCUCUUCCUCAGCCUCUCAAUGGACGGAUUAACUGGAGCUGUUCAGGAGCGCAUUCGAGCGGCCAGUGCGCCCUCGGGUCAGCAGAUGAUGAGGGCCAUGAAUUUCUGGAGCACCCUGAUGUUAGGCGUUGCCAUGGUAUUUACAGGUGAGGCCAAGGAGUUUUUGUACUUCACCAUCCGCCAUCCCGAGGCGUGGACCCAUUUGUCGCUGAUAGCUGUGUGCGGCGUGCUCGGUCAGUUCUUCAUCUUCCUGAUGGUGGCCUGCUUUGGACCGCUGGCCUGCUCCGUGGUUACGACGACGCGAAAAUUCUUUACCGUCCUGUGCUCUGUUCUGCUGUUCGGAAACGUCCUGAUUGCCCGCCAGUGGCUUGGAGCUGUCCUGGUGUUCGCCGCCCUUUUUGUGGACAUGCUGUACGGCAAGAAGGCGCCUCUGGCUUCGGCUAAAAAGCCUCCAGUUGAGGGAAAGCUAUCCGAGGAAAAGAAGCUAAAUUCGUAGAAUUUAAUAGAUUAUUGCAUAGCCCUAUGUACAUACAUAUGCACAUACACAAAUUAAGAAGACAAAGCUUUCGGCUCGAGCGGCUGCAGCGCCAAAGUUUCCCCAUUUCCUAGAACUGCUUAUCGUACAAAGGAUUCUAGCUAUAGCGAACACAGCAUUCGAUACUUGAUCUGCAACCCAUUAACAGUCGUUUAAGUUAAUUAAAUUAUUGAUAUCUAUUAGAAAAGGAACAAAUAUUGUGCAAAAAUUUACACCAGAACUGAGGGUCUCUAACAUACAGGAUCAUUCAAUCAUUUAAUGCUACAAUUUAUAAUUAAAACGUGCUCUUUUUUAA